AAGUGGGAGGGGCGGAAGUGUUGCAGCUUCCGGACAAAUCGAAAGUGUUUGGGACUUGCAGGUCUCGCAGCCAGAAACCGUUUCAUGCUCGUUAGUGACGCUGCUUUUGUGUUACAGUGAUGUUUAAUCUUCAGGUGACUUCGACAACUAUGGAGCUUCUUCCUCUCGUGUGUCUCUGUCUCCUGACUCGGUCUGGAACAACGUUUGCUGAAGAAGGGUCAAAGGUCAUCAGAGUGGAAGAAGACAGUGAUGUUACUUUACCCUGUUCGCUCAGCAGCAAGGAGAACAUUAGCAAAAUGGUCUUUGACUGGAGGAAAGAUGGUCAGAAGGACGUGUUCCUGUAUGAUGAAGGGAAACAUUACAAUAACGGCCGAGAAGGUCAAGAUGAGCAGUUCAAAGGUCGCGUCUCACAUUUUCCAGAUAAACUGAAGCACGGCGACGCCUCCAUAAAAAUCAACAAUACAAGGGUGGCCGACAGCGGAGACUACACCUGUGAAUUUCCUCAUCUUCAGCCAAGACAAAUAUUCCACAUUCGACUUGUUGUUGUUGGUGGUUUAAAGGACGGACCAGGGCCAAAGGUCAUCAGAGUGAAUCAAGGGAGUGAUGUUACUUUACCCUGUUCACUCAGCAGCAUGGGGAACAUUGAGUUUAAACUCUUUGACUGGAAGAAAGAUGGUCAGAAGGACGUGUUCCUGUAUGAUGCAGGCCUUCAUUACAAUAACGGCCGAGCAGGUCAAGAUGAGCAGUUCAAAGGUCGAGUCUCACAUUUUCCAGAUAAACUGAAGCUCGGCGACGCCUCCAUAAAAAUCAACAAUACCAAGUUGACCGACAGCGGAGACUACACCUGUGCUUUUCCUCGUCUUCAGCCAAGUCAAAUAUUCCACAUUCGGCUUGUUGUUGGUCGUAUCUUAAAGGACAGAUCAGGUGAAAACAUCCCAGGGUCAAAGGUCAUCAACGUGGAAGAAGGGAGUGAUGUUACUUUACCCUGUUCGCUCAGCAGCAUGGAGGACAUUGAGUAUAAUUUCUUUAUCUGGAGGAAAGAUGGUCAGAAGGAGGUGUUCAUGUAUGAAGGAGGCUUUUAUUACAAUAACGGCCGAGAAGGUCAAGAUGAGCAGUUCAAAGGUCGAGUCUCACAUUUUCCAGAUGAACUGAAGCUCGGGAACACCUCCAUAAUCAUCAGAAACACGAAGUUGAACGACAGCGGAAACUACAUCUGUGCUUUUCCUCUUCUUCAGCCAAGACAAAUAUUCCACAUUCAGCUUGUUGUUGGACCAAAGGUCAUCAGAGUGGAAGAAGACAGUGAUGUUACUUUACCCUGUUCGCUCAGCACCAAGGAGGACAUUGAGCUAAAACUCUUUGAGUGGACGAAAGAUGGUCAGAAGGUGUUCCUGUAUGAUGAAGGGGAUCAUUACAAUAACGGCCGAGACGGUCAAGAUGAGCAGUUCAAAGGUCGAGUCUCACAUUUCCCAGAUAAACUGAAGCACGGCGAGGCCUCCAUAAUCAUCAGAAACACGAGUGUGACCGACAGCGGAGACUACACCUGUGCUUUUCCUCGUCUUCAGCCAAGACAAAUAUUCCACAUUUGGCUUGUUGUUGGUGAUUUAAAGGACAGAUCAGGUGAAAACAUCCCAGGUGCAGUUCCAAAACCAUACGUCUCAAUACUUUAUGAAACAAAGGACGGGACGCUGCUGUGUGAGGUUCAAGAGGCUUCUCCAAAACCUAAAGUAGAGUGGCAGGACAGUGCUGGAAACAUCCUUCCUGCUGAAGAACCACAGGUCUCAGAAAGAGGAGGCCGCUACGACAUCAUCCUCAAAACUACUGUGACCAAGACCGACCUCUAUCGCUGUGUAGCCACACAGGAGGACAUCAACCAUCAGAUUUAUACUGAGACCUACAUGUAUAUCCCUGGGUCCUCCACUGGACUGGUUGUUGCUGUGUCAGCUGUUGCUGCAGUUCUCUGCACUCUUUUAGUUGUUGGUGGUGGUGUUCUAUAUUUUCUUUACAAAAAGGGUUACUUCAGACUCAAUAUUAAGAAAGGUUCACCACAGGAGCCAAGCGUCCCCCUAAACAGAGGUUCACAGACUUCAAGACCCCAGCCAUCAGAGUAGCCACCUGAUCCAGAAACUGAACUAGCUUUACAUGUGCUGUGAAGUUUGCUGCUGAAGUGUGUGUGUGUGUGUGUGUUGUAUUUCUGAUUUGUGAGAGCCAGUCUGAGGUUUGGACCAGACUGUAUGAUAGUGAGUACAUUUUGGCUGGUCCUCACUUAUUUCAGGCAGUUCGAGGGUUAAAACCUUAAAGGGACAGUUCACCCAAAAUCAUAAAUACAUAUUUUUCCUCUUCCCUGUAGAGCUGUUUAUCCAUCUAGAUUGUUUGGUGUGAGUUGUCGAGACACAACAAAUCUGUGGAUUAUCUCGAGUAACCGGGUCAUGAUUUGUAGAAAGAGGCGUUGCUGUUGAAUUUUUCAAAUGUAGUUUUUUGGCACUUUGAGCUCCACACGCCGAGUGCCAUAUUGUCCCAUUAUAUUCAAAAAAUGCAGACAUCUCGAUGCCGAUAUCUCCAAAACUCUGCAACUCGCACCAAAACAAUCUAGAUGGAUAAACAGCUCUACAGGUGAGAGGGAAAAUAUGUCUUUUUGAUUUUGGGGUGAACUGUCCCUUUACGGUUAAAACUAGUUUUCGGUUAAGGUUAGGAUUAGGGUUGUGGUGAGGCAGAUAGUUGUGAUGGAGCCAGAUGAAAAGUGAGGUCGUUGAGGUGUCGAAUGUGCAUGUAGCAUUACUACGUCCCAUUACCACAAACACAACCUUACCCUGACCUUAACCAAGCGUUUUAUAUACUGUCCUCGUAAUGGGUUCCAGGUCAUGGACAGUAAGAUAACAGCAUGCACAAUAUGUAGUCAUUACCUUUAUCUCACAGCACUCAGUAUUUGGUCAAACAAAAUACUUACAAAUAGUGUCCAAGGCAAGUGUCGGACACAAACUUCUGUCAGAGGAAACAGGCGUCAGUUCGCUCUAACCGACAUGCUUGUUGGACGGUUGAACAACAUCUGGAAUGAUUUAAUGGCACCGACUGGAGAAUUAGAGCCUCCAGCUGUUUAUCUCCAGGUGUCCAACUCCUGAUAUCCACAAAACAGUAGUGGAUGGAAACACACAUUACUUUGCAUUUUCUUUUGCUGAUUUUCUGGAAAUUCUGUUCAAAUUUGCGCCACAUUUGGAUGAAAACUUGACUUACAGCAGACUUUUCACUCCGUCUGCGAGUGUGACCGCUCUGAGCAACAAAACAACACUUUUGUCUUCAGACGUGGUCGAACGACUCGUCGUACGAACUCGUUCGUUUACGAGCUUUUUUAAAUUGCACCCAAACAGAGCAACAAACCAAGUACGUUAACCGUCAUUUGUUUGAUCUUUCCCACACUUUUAACCUUAUCUGCACACUAACCAUACUGUAGUUUCCCUGGACAGAUAUUGUUAGUCAUUCAGAAAAAAGCAACAUUUUUAUUGAUCAUUCCAACAACAUUAUUUAACGUUCAAAACGUCGUCAUUGAACAUAAUCUGGGGUUUCGCAGGAUCGUCCGAUAUACGUGUAAAUGUUCUGUCAGGUGGUGAGGUUGGUGAUGUCACAGGAGUUGUUCAGGUAGCUUCUUUUUAGCAGACAGAGUUAACAAGGUGACAACAGAAGAGAGCAAGGGGCAUUUAAUGCCGACAGAACUGAUUAUUAAUCAAUUAUUCCGUUAAGUGAGAAUGAAAUGAAUCCUGAUUUGUGGUGUGACUGAGUUCCACGUGUGCAGCUUUAAGAGAAAAAAGUAUUGACGUAAUUAAUGACGACUUCUUGCCUCUGUUCUGUUGCUUUUAUUCUAAUAUUCUGAUUAUCUGAUGCGUCUAAUUUCACUCUUGCGCUGUCGUCAACGUAGAUACAUUUAGUUCCAGACAGCACAAAGUCAAGUCAUAAUAAAACUGCCCCCUGGACUGUUGCUGAGGACAUUAUACUGCAGCACCGGGAUGAAUAAGAUGGAGCUGCGUAGAAACACAAUGAAACUGAAGAAAAGGUGCUAAAUAACGAGACGGCAACGCAGGAUAAUAGAACAAGGAAUGAAAAGAAAUAAUAAAAGUGACACAGCAGAAUGAAAAGGGACCAAGUUAAAAAGGGACCUGAUUAAACUAAACUUCCUGUAAAAGCGAGUUUGAUAUAAGUGUUCAAAGCUAAGGGGCUCGGACCAAAGAAGCCCAUCAGGUGACCUGAAACGACCAGGAGACCCCUGACUGAGGAUUUCAGGCUGCUGCAGCGCAGACAAGGUUCAAAUGUCUGGAAUGUAUUUAGCAGCUUCACUAUGAGGUGACUAAAACUUUAUUAACAAAACUGAAACUGUAAAACUGACAGGCAGCUAGUGAAGAAUGGGAGGUGCUGUUUGUGUUCCUGUAAUUAGUUAAAAUCCGAGCAGCAGCAUGUUUGAUGAGCUGGAGGCAGGCGGGUGCCGUCUGUCUGAGGCCUGAAUAAAGAGAGCUGUAACAGUCCAGACAAAAUGAGGUCAAAUCAUUUCCGACUUCUUCAGGAUCUGAGGCUGUUAAAAACCACUAAACUGGAUUUGUGACCCUCAGCUGAAGGAAACAAGCUUGCACCGCCACAUUAACUUUUUAAUUUAAAACACCUGCUAGCUGGUCGUCAGUUAAUCGCAGGGUCGGGGGUUCGAUCCCCGGCUCCUCCCGUCCACAUGUCCAAGUGUCCAUGAGCAACACACUGAAGCCCAAACUGCUCCCGAUGGUCAGACCAGCACCUUGCAUGGUAGCUCGCUGCCAUCGGUGUGUGAGUGAGUGUGAAUGGAUGAAUGAGGAGCGAAGGUGCUGUAUAAAUGCUGUCCAUUUACCAAAUAUGGUCACACUGCUUGUAGUUCUUAAAGGUCCUAACGGAGCGAGACGUGGGCAUUAACACAAACUCAAGACUGCACUGAACUCAAGCUGUGACGCUGGAAAAGAAUGGGAAUAUAUCUUGCAGCUGAAGUGAAAUAUAAUGUGACUUCAUUUUGUAUUUUCAUAUUUAUGUUACUUUUUAUGUUAUUUUAUUGGCCUGUAUCGCUUCUUUUUAUUUCUUAAGGUGCUAAUGAGUCUGUCAGGUGCAGUUACACACUGAACUACACACUCAGUGUCCAGUUUAUUAGGUACAGCUAGCUAAAACUAAAGCAGCCUAAUUCAACAGUCCUGCAAUAAAUCUUUCCUGAAGGUUAAAAUGUUCAGUUUGUGUUGAAACUGUUAAAUUCGACUUUAUGGUCAUUUUGGAGGCUGCAGUUUGUGCUGCUGAUGAACUGUGUCGCCUUAUACUGACAGGCGUUUCUCUUCUUUUGUCCACCCCAUGUCUAUCCAUGAGUUUAGGCUAAAUAACAGAAACACCUCUCUGAAACAGUUUGAACACAAGCUGAACAUGUUGACCUUCAUGAAGGAGGAUUUAUUGCAGGACUGUUGUAUUAGACUGCAUUAGUUUCAGCUCGGUGUUCCUAAUAAACUGGACACUGAGUGUUUACUGUUGUUGAUAUCUGAGCUGUGCUCUCUGAAAGUUCAUGUAUGUUUAUGUUGCUAACUGAUGAUGCACUUCAUCAUUUCUGUCCAAACGUCUGAAUAAAACAUGAAAAAUGUCAAA